GGUCCUGCUCUCGGUCGCGGCCCCGCCAUGGCGGACCUGGGCCGGCAGCUGCAAGAAUACCUGGCGCAGUCGAAGGCCACUGCUGCCGCGGGCGGCACCAGCGCGGCCCCCGCCCCGCCGCCUGCGGGCUGCGCGCAGGAGGAGGCGGGCAGCGGCGGCCUGGGGGCCUGGCUGGGCUCGCUGAGCGCCUUCUCGCUGGGCCGCGGCGCACCCCCAGCGGGUCUCGGGACGGAACAGGGACCGGGCUCAGGCUUAGGCUGGCCGUGGGCUGCGGAGGCGGACCCCUUCCUGCCGGGUCUGUCGCGCUGGCAGCGGCUGGCCGGGAGCGGGCUGUGCCUGCUGCUGGCCGCCCUCUGCUUCGGUCUCGCCGCGCUGUACGUGCCGGUGCUGCUGCUCCGCGGCCGCAAGUUCGCGCUGCUCUGGUCGCUGGGCUCGCUCUGCGCCCUGGGCGCCGCUGCCCUGCUGCGGGGUCCAGCCCGCCUGCUGCGGGAGCCCAGCCGCGGAACCCUCCUCUACCUGUGUGCGCUGGGCGGCACGCUGUACGCGGCGCUGGGGCUGCGCAGCACGAUCCUGACCGGCCUGGGGGCCGCUGCCCAGCUGGGGGCCGCCGCCGCCGCGCUGCUGGCCGCGCUGCCCGGGGGCACUGCCGGCCUGCGCCGCCUCGCCGGCCUCCUCGGGACCGUGCUGCGCCGCCGCGGCAAGGCUCUGCCGGUGUGAGCCCGGCCCCGCGUUGCUGGCGCCGCUGCGAGGGGACCGGCCGCAGCCCGGCGGAACGAGGACUGAGCGGAGCUGGUGCCGGGAGAGGCGCGGGGGACGCAGACGUUUCCGUCCGAUACCGCGUCUGUGCCGCGCCCUCGCGUAGUGCUGGGCUUCCCUCGCCUCUCCCGAGCAAGAGGAGCGGCCGCAGUGACUGGACAUGUUCGGCCGCGUCCCGACGGGGCGGUGGUGCUGCCGGCCCGCCGAGCCCUCACCGAGUUCGGGAGUUUGCCUUAUUGCAAAGUCUGCUCGAUCCCCCGGACCUGGAGUCACUCGGCUCUGGGCGGGAGCUGGCAGCGUCCUACCUCCCUACCUCCGGUAUAGGACCAUGUGGCUGCUGCAGCCUGCUUCGAAACGAUGGUAGACUAGCAAGCAGCGGUGAUUCCCCGGGUUUUGGAAUUUUAACGUCAGCACCACUGACACUCAGUAGCCAGCUGUGGCUAGCGGUGAAAGUUCUCUAUACAUGACAAACCAAAAAACUAGGAACCAGCUGCUAGUAUAUUAAAUGGUUGGGAUUUCAGGAGGUAGUUCUGUUGCUCCAUCUGCCACACAAGUCUGCCUAAAGACAACGCUCUCUUUCUAGUAAUAGGAUUCUGGUUUCCGCCCUCCUUCAAAGCGUGGGAAUUCAUCUGGAGUAGGAAGCAAACCCUUCCGGCCUCCUGAGCAGUAAGAGAUGCAGGGAACAGGAGUGAGAAGAGACAUUGAAUUCAUGAAAAUACUGUCAUUUGCACAAGAAAUGCCUUUGCUUCCUUAUCCUGCGUUUCAGUGUGGAACAAUGUUCUCCUCACCUCUCAGAGCACCACGGCCUCGCCCCCGAACACCAUGGUCCCUUCCUCUUGAGUUUUCAUCGGGAGAGUCAAAAGUAUCAUCUGGCCCAAAAUCUUCAGGGCCAGGAAAGCCAUCUCUCCCUCUGGGUCCCCGUCCCUCAUGUCUCGAGGGUCCUCCUCUUCUGAAGCUACAAGAAAGAACAUGGUACAAAGGUGGUUUUUAGGCAGAAUUUAGACUGAAAAACUUGAGUUAGCUUCAGGUUAAUAAGCAAUGCUUUUCUUAACUGUUUUUCUUACUACUAUAGCAUACACAGUUACUAGAACAGGAUUUAUAGGUGGAAAAGUGCUCCUUUUGAGGACUUGGUUUAUUCAUUUUUAUACUUUGCCCUCAUAGUUCCUUCUGUUGAUUGUGUUGGACUUUUAUACAAGAAAAAUAUUGUCAAAUACACUGUAUUCAUUUAAUGAGAAGGGGGAAAAACAAUCAGUGAGUGAUGACAGAUACAAGAUAGGGUAAGGAAAAGUACAAGUGAACUUCCCUUA